AUGAGUAUGAUCUCAUCACACAUGCUCUCAGACAAAGAGUUUAUCUCUGGAGACUCAGUUGCUUCUAAGACAGAAUCUGACAACACCAUGCUGGAUUCUACCACUCCCCAUGACAAAAUUACCACACCAGCUCCUGGCUUUCUACUUGAAGAUGUUCCUCAUCUGUCUGAUUACAUCUCUCACCUUCCUACAUAUCCUGACCCGUUACAAGACAAUCCUUCGUAUUCAGUUGUUGCUGUUUCAGAAUUGGUUUCAUUUGUGCAGAUAAUUGUACACAAAGAUAGUCCAAGAGGGACCCAUUUUCGGCGUGCUGGGCCAGCUCAAAAGGUAUAUUUUGAUUCAGAGGAAGUGUCCGCUUGUAUUGUAACUUGCGGUGGACUUUGUCCUGGUCUAAAUACAGUUAUAAGAGAAAUAGUAUGCGGCUUAUAUCAUAUGUAUGGGGUGCACAAAGUUCUGGGAAUAGAGGGAGGAUAUCCAGGAUUUUAUUCUAGAAAUACAGUUACUUUAACACCAAAGGUUGUGAAUGAUAUCCACAAACGUGGUGGAACCAUCCUUGGGACAUCAUAUGGUGGCCAUGACACCUCAAAGAUUGUUGACAGCAUUCAGGACCGGGGCAUUAAUCAGGUUUAUAUACUUGGAGGAUACGGAACUCAGUAUGAAGCAGCUAUGAUUUUUGAGGAAGUUAGAAGGCGUGGCUUGAAAGUUUCAGUAGUUGGAAUUCCAAAAACUAUUGACAAUGAUAUCCCAGUUAUUGAUAAGUCAAUUGGUUUCGACACUGCUGUCGAAGAGGCACAACGGGCUAUCAGUUCUGCUCAUGUGGAAGCAGAAAGCGCAGAGAAUGGUAUUGGUGUUGUAAAAUUAAUGGGGCGUUACAGUGGAUUUAUAGCCAUGUAUGCAACUCUUGCAAGCCGAGAUGUGGACUGUUGCCUGAUUCCAGAGUCACCCUUUUAUAUGGAGGGUCCAGGAGGACUGUUGGAGUUCAUCGAGAGAAGACUGAAAGAACAAGGCCACAUGGUUAUAGUAAUUGCUGAAGGUGCAGGUCAGGAGUUUCUUUCUGGUAACCCAUCCAUUGUUAAUAAGCAGGAGGCUUCCGCUGACAAAUUAUUUCCGGAUGUUGGUCUGUGGUUAUCCCAGAAAAUCAAGGAUCACUUUGCAAAACAUAAAAAAAUGGAUAUUAAUCUGAAGUACAUUGAUCCUACUUACAUGAUCCGUGCUAUCCCAAGUAAUGCAUCUGAUAAUGUAUACUGCACGCUCCUUGCCCAAAGUGCAGUUCAUGGUGCAAUGGCAGGAUACACUGGCUUCACCGUGGGUCCAGUUAAUGGCAGAAAUUGUUACAUUCCAUUUCAUCUGAUAAACGACGGAGAGAAGAGGGUUGUGAUAACUGAUAGGAUGUGGGCAAGAUUACUAUCUUCAACCCAUCAACCCAGCUUCUUGAAUCCAAAAGACAUCUCAGCAGAAAGAGAGCAAACAACAAAACACCAAACAGACGGACAGAACCAUCCAGAAAUAGCAGGCUAA